AAGGAGAAGCCUCGAGAAUUGACGAGACUGAAAAAUGAUUUUACUUCCGUAAGAAAAUAUUUGACUCAUUUACUGUAAUUGUACACCAAAUCAUGUAGAUUUACCAUUUGUGCGUUUAAAGCAUCAAGUAAGCAAGCAGCAUGCCUCUGAUCAAGCGUGAGGUGCAGCCAGUGAACCUGAGCAGGGGUAGUAUAGCCAAGGGUAUCCACAAUGAACUGGAGUGUGUAACCAAUAACAGUCUAGCCAAUGUGAUCCAUCAGCUGAGCAGUCUCAGUAAACAUGCAGAGGACAUGUUUGGAGAACUGUUCAAUGAGGCUAAUGCCUUCUUCCAGCGUGCCAAUCACCUGCAGGAGAGAGUGGAAAGGUUAAAGGUCAAAGUGACACAGCUGGAUUCUACUGUUGAAGAAGUGUCGUUACAAGAUAUCAACAUGCGUAAACCAUUCCGUGGUGCCAACCUGACUGACCAGCAGGUCGUGUCCAGGAGAACCAUGCCAGUGGCCAUGCAGGAGACAUAUCACAGAUGUGACCAGCCCCCUCCUCUGGCUAAACUUAACAUCUACAGGGAGGAUGGUAAAGACAGCAUGAAGUUCUACACAGAUCCUAGUUAUUUCUUUGAGUUAUGGCUACAGGAGAUGCAGAAAGACACAGAACAAAAGAAGGAGGAAUACAUCAGGAAGAGGAAAAAACAAAGGCCUCGCGCUGGUGGAACACACAGCAAGAAGCCCAGAGAAAUCAAAACCAGGAAAGAAUAUUAUGAAAAGUUCAAGGAUGGUGUGGAAUUGGCUGACAAUACCAGACAAGAACCACAGCAAAGGCCGAGACAAAGCCAGCAGCAUAAUCGCCCAGAUAGCCUGCAGUUCCAACAACAACACAACCAACAGAGGCCGCCCUCUUCCGCCAACAGUUACUACUCUCCUCGUAUGAGCCAGAUGGAUUCUGGGAGCACUGGGCCAGUCCCUGAGUACCACCAGCCCCCGCCCUAUGACCCCCAGAGAGGGGCCAGGAAUACCAGGUCUUCUUCCAUGUUGAAUAGUGGCCGACCCAUGCAGCCUCCUCCACAGCCACCCCCACAACAACCUGCCAUGACCUCUCCUCAAGAUUUACGAUAUAGAGGAGACAGUGGUAGCAGAGAGAGUCUGCCGCCACCACCACCACCGCCGCCAUUCAUGCAGCCCAUGAAUACUGCAGAAAACAACACCCCCUCCUCCCCAGACCCAGUGGAAUACCGUCACCUGUCCCCAGGGAGACCUGCCCCCAAGAGACCCUCUGCUGAAGACUUGCCCCCUCCACCCCCACCCCCUCCGAUAGCCAUGAUGAACGGCAGUGGGGGGAUACCCCAGGCCCCACCCACACCCCCUCCCCCCAUGCCAGACCCUGCUCCUAAUAUGGCCACCAACAUGGCUCCACCCCCACCCCCUCCCCCGCCACCCCCAGGGAUGAACACAGGGAGUGUGGAGGCAGGGCUGGCACCCCCUGACAUGGCGCCUGAUGAGGUGUCGCUGACGUCUACUAACAGCUCUAUCACUGCUGAUAACAAGACCCAGCCAGUGCGAGAUGAGAGGAGUGAUCUGCUGUCUGCCAUUAGACAAGUCAAGGAAAAGGGCUUCAAGCUGAGGAAAGUAGAAGAGCGUAAGAUGAAGGAAGAGCAGAAGCAGGCCAACAGUGGCAGUCUGGACGUACAGUCCAUCAUGGACAAAGCGUUUGAGAUGCGUAGAAAGGCCCUGGAGGCCAGUGAUUCUGAGGAGGAAGAAUGGGAAGACGGAGGAGAGUGGGGCAGUGAUGAUGAUUAAUGAAAGUGUUCUACAUGGAUCAGACACGGAGGAGAGUGGGGAGUGAUAAUAAUGUAUAUUUGACUCUGUAUGGAUCCUGCUGAAUAGUUGAACUACAAGUUAGAAAUAUCAUAGUUAACUUUUUUGGUUAAAUUUAAAUUGACUUUCAAGGAAUAGAUCAUCAAUAGGAGAAGUGUUUGCAUCAAGCAGUUUCAAGAUGUAUCUUCCUAGUGUUCUGAUAAUGCAAAAGGAAGCAUGUGGUACAGGAAAAAAUAAACUUAAAUCCUAAGAAUAGUUUUAAAAAAGGAGAAAAUUUGGUUUGGGAACAUUAGUUAUAAAAAUGUUUUUGAAAAAAUUCUUAAUGCUGAACACGAAGGUAAAUGCUUAAGAAAAAUGAUAUUUCAUGUCAUAUGGUUCCAGUUAACAUUUGCAAGUAUAGUUAAAUAAAAUUAUUAAAUUUUCUUUUUGAUGAAAUGAGAUGUUGGAUUAUAGUAUUAACAAAAAGUACUUGAUACAUAGUAAUUAUGGGUAUGUUUAUGUUCCUGUAAUUUGAACAUCCUAAAAAGUCACAAACUGUGAUGAUAAAUGACUUAAUGAAACGAUUGUAUUUUAAAUCUAAGAAGAGGGAUAUUGUGUACAUUAUGAUAUCCAGUAUCUAGAGAAGAUGUCCAGUAUCUAGAGAGGAUGUCCAUUUUCUAACUGCACGCAGCAUCCAUAACUGCUUUCUGAAUUUUGUUAUGUAUGUAUAUGUGUGUGAGUUUGUAUGUAUGUGCGUGCAUGUAUAUGUGUUCACAUGGUCACACCCCUGGAACUGUGUUCUUGCUAAAAAGAUCUGUAAAUUGUUUAAUUUCAUAUAGGUUUAUAUGUACCCAUUGCCAGAAAGAAGUGAUACUUGAAAUUUUACUCACUAUUAGAGUACACGUUGAUUUUCCAAACAUUUAACCAAGCUCUAGUGGCAAUAAUGUUAAAAUCAGACAACAGAUGUUUUCAACAGUCAAAUAUUUCCUGUAUAACUUAAUAGCACUACACAGAAUACUGAUGAUGGUGAGACGAGCUAAUUUUGAUAGUUGAGAACUCCACAAGAAUUUGACUGUUAAUAUAUAAGUAAACUGGUCGUUAUGUGUUUUUAAGGGUCGGGUAAUUAAAAUGUUUUUUGUUAAUGUUAUGUUAUAGGGCCAAUUUUGUACUAUGGGAAAAAAUGAUGAGGAUAUGGUGAUUUUCACAUGGCAAGUCUUCAUAAACAGUAGAAUGAUAAGUUGGUAAACGGGUUUAGUAGGGCUCAGUGUUGUCUUAUAUCCUGCAGAUGAUAGGAUUUGAAAAGCUGUCGUGUUAUGUCUUUUAAUGAUGAAAUAUAUUGUUUUGUUUAUCAGUUAAAACCUUGAAUUUAAGUCAUGGUUGGUGUUACACGAAAAGUAUACGGUCUACUACCCGCACCAGAUGAUCUAGAUCAGUGUCCUUUGUGAUUGUCGUCCAGUAAGUCCUUGAGGUGAUUGAACCAUUGUUGUCCCCAACACUGACAAAUAAACUCUCGACAAC